AGCUGGAGGGAAAGUGUCAGAAGCCAGCGAGUGAAUUCCUGCAGGUGAGACUGAGGGAGAAACAUCCCAGCUCCCCACACAGGGAAGGGAGGCUCCUGAAUAACAAACUUUGGGAUCCAACCAUCAGAUCUGGGUGUAACUCAGCGUGUGCAUUGCUGCCAUGCGAGUGACUCUUGUGCUUUGCAGACCUGUUGGAGAUGGCAAAGCCCCAUUAGCUCAUGGACUCUAUGGCCCUGGGGCCAGGUCAGGGCGUCUCUUCCCCAUAUUUGCAAAAUGCCUUCCCUGUGUGUGUCCAGUGCAGCUGAGAUUCUUUUCUGUCUCUUCUCUAUGACGUCAGAAACAGCUUGAACAGGUAGGUGGCUCGCACUCCUGUCACACUGCACAGCGCAGGAAAAGAGCUUGGAGCUGAUGUUGGCACCACAUCUCCCCAGGGCUCUACAGCCAGAUGUUGAAUAGAAAUGUCUCUGACUCACUUAAUUCUGAGGGUCUCACCCUUGCACAGGUGACUCUGGAAUUCCCCAUUCAGGGGCACAGUCUGACUUCAGAUAUUUCCUAGAGCUGUCACCUCCCUAGGGACUGUCUGCCUCAGGACUGUGGGGCUGGAAUAUGGGUCUGUCACUGCUGGGCACUGGGCACAUUUAGACCAGGGCAGCAGGGACCCAGAGUCUGUCCUACCUGAGGGCUGUUUAGAGACCUGUGUGGAAGGAGCAGGGAAGGGAGAAACUGGUGUCUCAGUCUGGUUCCCAGUGGACAGAUUCCUGCAGCCCUUCAUCUGGGAACAUCCUGUCCCUCAUCGCCUGGAAGCUAAAGAGUGAAUUAGCCAUUGAAACUCAAUUCCACUUUUGUCCCCAGCUGGUCUCUCGGGGCCAGAGGUGAAGAACAGCAGUGGGACGAAGGUUGCAUAUCCAUGGGCUGUGUUGCCCCUGCUCUCAGGCUGGGGGAAUUCAAGGAAUUCUAACUCCAGGCCUGUUAGAGCUGAGACUCACUAGCCAAAUCUUAUCAUCUGUAAAUGAAAUAGAAUCACAUGGAAUUGUUUCUGUCCAGGUGUGAGACGGGGCAGUUCCAGCUGCCAGAGGAGAUUUCCCCUGACCUGGAAGAACAAGUCAAUUCUUUCUCCCAGAUAACGACUGCUCUGUCGGAGACUCUGAGGGAAUUCAAAGACACUUGAGAGAGCAAGAGGAAAAUCCCUGGGAGCUUUCAGACAAGGCUGCAGAACACCUAUGUCUGACUCCAGCUCAGUCCCCAGCCUGCAGAGCCAGGGACAGGAAAUGGCCGUGGCGGAGCCGGUGAGCUUUGAGGACGUGGCUGUGUAUUUCUCUGAGGAUGAAUGGGCUCUGCUGGACCCGGGCCAGAGAGCCCUCUACGGGGAUGUGAUGCAAGAGAAUUACGAGGCUGUGAGCUGGCUGGCAGGUGAUGGGAUGCUGAAUGAGAACAGUGAGAGGAGUCUUCAGGAGGAAGGACCUAAAGAAAUGGCUCCAUGUGGGGUGUUAGUGGAAAGAUGUGAAGGGCAUGUUUCUCAGAAUCCUGAGCAAGGAGAGACUUGUGAGAGUCAGCGUAGUUUGCAAAGGCCGCAGAGAAACCAUUCAGGAGCAGGACAGGAUAAAUCCAGUCAGAGGAGCAGAAGGUUGAGAACAAACACAGAAACUGUUCAAAAGAAAAUCCCCCAUCAACAUUCACCUUGUGCUUGCAGUGACUGUGCAACUCUUAUUAAAUAUGAAAGAGCCCAAACAGGAGAGAAACCCUUCAGCUGCUCUGACUGUGGGAAAAGCUUCAGUCGGCGGUCACACCUUGUUACCCAUAGGAGAGCCCACACAGGAGAGAAACCCUUCAGCUGCUCUAACUGUGAGAAAAGAUUUAAUGACCGGUCACAGCUUGUUAUCCAUAGGAGAGUUCACACAGGAGAGAAACCCUUCAGCUGCUCUGACUGUGGGAAAAGCUUCAGUCACAGGUCAUACCUUGUUAUCCAUAGGAGAGCCCACACAGGAGAGAAACCCUUCAGCUGCUCUGACUGUGGGAAAAGCUUCAGUCACAGGUCACACCUUGUUAGACAUAGGAGAAUCCACACAGGAGAGAAACCCUUCAGCUGCUCUGACUGUGGGAAAAGCUUCAGUCACAGGUCACACCUUGUUACCCAUAGGAGAGCCCACACAGGAGAGAAACCCUUCAGCUGCUCUGACUGUGGAAAAAGCUUCAGUGACAGGUCACACUUUGUUAUCCAUAGGAGAGCCCACACAGGAGAGAAACCCUUCAGCUGCUCUGACUGUGGGAAAAGCUUCAGUCAGACCUCAACCCUUGUUAUGCAUAGGAGAACCCACACAGGGGAGAAACCCUUCAGCUGCUCUGACUGUGGGAAAAGCUUCAGUCACAGGUCACACCUUGUUAUCCAUAGGAGAACCCACACCGGAGAGAAACCCUUCAGCUGCUCUGACUGUGGGAAAAGAUUUAAUGACCGGUCACAGCUUGUUAUCCAUAGGAGAGUUCACACAGGAGAGAAACCCUUCAGCUGCUCUGACUGUGGGAAAAGCUUCAGUCACAGGUCAUACCUUGUUAUCCAUAGGAGAGCCCACACAGGAGAGAAACCCUUCAGCUGCUCUGAUUGUGGGAAAAACUUCAGUCAGACCUCAACCCUUGUUAUCCAUAGGAGAGUCCACACAGGGGAGAACCCCUGCAGCUGCUCUGAGUGUGGGAAAAGCUUCAGUCAGACCUCAACCCUUGUUAAACAUAGGAAAACCCAUACGGAAGAGGCUAUUCACCUGCUCUCACUGUAGGAAAUGCUGCAGUCAAACGUCACACCUUGUUAUCCAUGGGUAUGUCUACACUACCC